ACUUGCCAAUCACUCACUCGACCUCAAUGAAUCCCAUGGCCAAAUGCUGCCUACUGCUCCUCCCCAUCUUCUUCUUGGCAUUUCUCUUGCCCGAGGCGCACGCGACUUCGUGCCACCCCGCCGACCUUCGCGCACUGCAGGACUUUGUUAGGAACCUCAGCGGUGGGGGUGUCCUCCUCCAGGCCACAUGGUUCGGCGCCGCAUGCUGCAGCUGGGAAGGCGAUGGUAUUAUUGGCGAGUUCAAGAGCCUCGAGGUGCUGGCCCUUGGUGAUUGUGCUCUCAAGGGCAGGGUUCCGGAAUGGUUGUCUCAAUGCAAGAAAAUGGAGGUGCUUGAUUUGUCUGGCAACCAAUUGGUGGGCGCCAUCCCAUCGUGGAUUGGUGAGCUUCACCACCUUUGCUACUUGGAUCUCUCAAACAAUUCAUUGGUUGGCGAUGCACCUAAGAGUUUGGCACUGCUAAAGGGGCUCGCCCCUAAUGGGCGUUCACCGGGCAUGGUUUUCGCUAACAUGCCGUUGUAUGUGAAGCAUAACAGAAUCACACUCGGACGACGACUUAACGAGCUCCCAAAUGUCAUAACAGGGAUCAACAAUGUUGUGAGAUCUGGGAGCAAGAAUGUUAUAUGUGGGAACGACAACACUGUCAUAUUUGGGGAUGAAAACACCAUAUCCGGGAAUGAAAACACCGUAUCUGGGAACAAUCAUGUCGUAUAUGGGAGUAAGCAUGUCGUAUCUGGGAGCAGGCAUGUCAUAACUGGGAGAAACAGUUUUGUAUCCGGGAGCUACAAUAACGUAUCUGGGAUUUACCAUGUCGUAUCUGGGAGUAACAAUGUAGUAUUUGGGAGCAACAAUUCUGUAUCUGGGAGGAACCAUAUUGUAUCUGGGGACAACAAGCACGCUCUGCUCCGUCCUCCUCGUCGUCAUCCUCGUGGCCGGUGUGGUCCUCUUCGUCGCCUAGCUCAGCCUCCGCCCGUGCUACGCCCUCGCCUCUUCUCCCUCUCCAGCCUGGUCCCGAGCAGGCAGGCCGCCUUCAACAUGUCGGACCGCAAUCUUAACCGGCACAUCGACAUCUACUAUGACGGUGCCACGCGGGCGUCACUCCGCUUCUACGACCCGCUGGUGGCCUCCGGCCCGGCCUUCCACGCCGGCUGUAUACGCCAAGUCUUCGGCUGUGUCUGUGUUGCUCACGUCUGGGUUCGAGGCACCCAGAGUCCUUCCUGGUUGAGAUCGGUGGGACGUAAGCUCGGGCUGUGGACUAUGGGCCAACUAGGUCGGUAUCCUCUAGUUCAGGACACCGUCACCGAACAGUCCAGUCAGUUGCAUGACCGAUUCCGACCAGAUGUUAAGUCUCUGCGUGGACUUAUGUAA